AUGGGGCCGCCCUCAAUCCGACUCAUUACGUCGUACAUCUUCGACUGGAUUGUUCUUAUUAUCGUUACUGCUGUUGGCUACGUCUUGGGCCGAAUUACACCCAACAAACGGCCCUUUUCCUUGGUUGAUCCAGACAUCUCCUUUCCUUUUACGGUACACGAGACUGUGCCGGACUGGCUGCUCUUUGUCUUGAGCAGUGGAGUCCCCGCUGUCAUUAUCAUCAUUGUCUCCAUCAUAUUUGUGCCAGGUGCAACGGUGCCUAAAAAUACCCCUGCUUCGUUAGUUUGGAAGCGUAAACUAUGGGAGCUUCACAUUGGUAUACUGGGACUUCUCAUGUCAGUUGGCUGUGGUUUCUUCUUUAUUAGUGGCAUCAAGAAUAUGUGCGGCAAGCCUCGACCUGAUCUACUUGCACGAUGCGUACCCGACUUGGAAAACGCAUCGAAAUACCUCAUUGGCGGCUUCAAGGGAGAAUUCGCAUUGGGCAACAGUAUCGGUCAGCUCUUUUCGGCCGAUAUCUGCACGCAGACCGACAAGGCGAAGCUUGACGAUGGCUUUCGAAGCUAUCCCAGUGGCCAUUCUGCGGCCUCAGCCGGCGGACUUCUCUACCUCUCGCUGUUCCUUGCCAGCAAGUUUGCCGUAACUAUGCCGUUUGUAGCUACGGGCACAUCCACGUCAAGCCAUGACGUGCAUGCUGCUUUUCCGUCUCGUUUAGCAUCUGCGGUUGAGCAGUAUGACGAUGAUGCGACCACACCCAUGGCUAGCAAAAGUGCGAGUCAAAGUAUCAGGUAUAAUUCCAGUAUACAAGCGUUGCGCCGUCAGGCAGCAGCUCCUCCUGUUUAUCUCCUCGUUAUCACCGUGGCACCUUUUUGCCUAGCUAUCUUCAUCGCUGCUUCUCGCUGGUUUAAUUUCCGACACCAUGGCUUUGACAUUUUGUUCGGCUUUUCCAUCGGCACCUUUACAGCUAUCUUCAGUUUCAGAUAUUAUCACCUGCCCAUCACCAUUGGUGCUGGUUGGGCUUGGGGCCCUCGGAGUCCAGACCGGGCUUUCUGGGCUGGCGUCGGCCGUUUGGGCUACGUUAGCGAAAAAGACGUCGAGCAUGGAGUGAUGGAGAAUACCAAUUAUGCACGAUCUACCGAUGUUGAAGCUUCACUUGCAACGCCAGCGGGGAUGAGUUAUCGAUCUCCUGCCCAGACGGCUGAGCCAUAUCAGGAUGUAGAGUUGAACAACUUGAAUGGGGGGACGAGUCAGGGGGUCGGACAUGGCAUUGAUUCGAGAGUUUAA